AUGGAUAUUACUUUGACUUUUAAAGAUCCUCAAGAAGAAAUCAAUUAUGGAAUUUAUUCACAUAAAAUAGACUUUAAUUUAUUUAGAAGACUUCUCUACAGUAUGUUGCUUGGGUCUUUUUCAGGGUCUAUUUAUUUUCUAAUUAUUGGAAACUAUUUAUAUAUUACUUUGGGCAGCUACAUGUUUGUUUAGACAAUUAUUGCUAUUUUGCUUUCCAAAAAAUCCAUAUAAUAUCUUAAUAUUGUUGCUUUAGUGUAUCAGAUCGAAAUUUAAACACUGUUAGCUACCCUAAUUACUUUAUUAGACAGCUCUUUGCAUCGAGGCACCAUAAUGAUGAUCACCACUGCUGCAUUUCAAAUGUCAGUGUGGUAAAUUUGAUAUAUAAAAGUCUUUAGCUUAUCCAUAGGGACAAAGUGUACUUUGAAACUUCUAGUGAGCCUAUAUUCAACCAUAAUUUAAUUAGUACUUAGUUUACUUAUUGAAACAGUAAGUCUAGUUUGGAUAGGAUUUGCAUUCUUCUCUUUAUUGUUUGCCUUUCAAGUGACAUAUUACUAAGAAUUUGAAAAGAGAUAAAAGUAUACUCUACACUAAAAUGCUUAAAAAAUAAAAGAGAAUUUAUUAAAUCAAAUUGAAAUACCCAUUCUUAAAUGUUUCAGUAAUGAAAAUGAUAUUAAAUUGAUUUAUUCAGAAUCUAAUAAAUGUGCCUAGACUACACUUAGAAUUACUGAUCAAAACAGUUUUAUCAAAUUCACUAGAGAUGUCAUCAUUUUAGAAGGUAAAACCACAUCAAUAUUAACAAAAUAAUCAUCUACUUUGCAAUUUUCAGGAAAAUAGAAUUUGGAAUAAUUGAUUCAUAGAUUUUUUAAAAAACAAGUUGGAGAGGAUUCAAUACUUCAUAAAACUUUUUAGGCCUAUAGAUGUAGAGUUAAACACUUAUCUUAAGAAUAUUUGUGUUAAUUAAUAUUAUUACAUGAAGAUUAACCAUUAUGUGUAAUAUAUCUAUAAAAAACUUAUGAUGAUUUUAUUGUAAAAACAAAUGAAAAAAUGAUUGUUUUAAAUUAAUUAUUAAAGAGAUGUGUUAAAGAAAAUUUUGAGAAAAUUAGUACUUAAUAAGAAUGUAUAUCUUUAUUAUAUAAAAAUUUAAAGUAAAACAAUUUAAUUGAAAUCAUUAAUAAAUUAGCUUAAGAACUCUUUUCAUUAAAUAUCUACUUUGCUAAUUGUAAAAUAUUGUUUAAUUCUUAACAUUUACACUUUUCAACCAAAAAACAACAUAAUCUAACAGGUCUUAUUUAAUCAAUAGUAUUCCAUUUUAAACAUUCCUUAUAAUUUAAAUCUAUUUCUGUAUCUCUUAAAGCAAAAUCUGAUAUUAUAGUUGAAGAAAAUGAAAUUCUUAUUAGAUAAUUACUUUAUAACAUAAUUGAGAAUGCUAUUCAAUUUGCUAAAGAUAAGAUAAAGAUUGAAAUCAACUAAUUUUUUGAUAGCAAUAUUAAACAUUAAAUUGUUGAAGUUAAAUUUGUUAAUUCUAUAGAUUAAAGUAAUCUAAAAAAUAAUAAUGAUAAUAAAUAAUUAAGAAUGGGACAUUUGGUUAUAAAUAAGAUUUUAAAAUUAAUAAGCCCAUACUCUUAAUUAUAAAUCUAAUAAGAUGAAAGUAAUUAUAGUGUAAAGUUUUAUUUGUUUCAACAAUUUUGA